UCUUUCUUCCAUGUUCAAUUCUUUAGCAUGAUGAAAAGGACAUUGUCAGUGCUGCCAUCCAGGCUACAUCGAAGAUCUUCUGUCAUGUUUUGGCUGAAGAUGGAAUGGUCUGUACCUCUGCUAUAUCAGGUGCCAAGGAGAAGUAUCGGCUUUGGUUACAGGCCAGGUACAACAAUGCCAUCAGGUGUCUCUGCAACGUGGUCGGGACCUUUGUGACAGUACCCGUCUUGCAGGAACUUGCUAUGAGGACGCUGAUGAAGUUUUUAGCAGAAGAAUCGAAACAUCCUUUUAAGAAGGAAGGCUCAAACUUCUUCUUUCCCAUUCACAUUAUCGCACUAUUGGUACCUCAGCUUCUUUCCAAGAGUGUAGUUUCCAGUGAGUUGAUUGGUCGAUUUAGGGAGUACAUGGAGUUUGAUGACGUCAGGUACCAUGUAUUACAGCACAUUCAGCAUCAUAUAUCAAAGCAGUCAAAAGAAAAAUUAAACCAGAUGGAGAUGACAACCUUGUGUAACAACACUGUGAACCUCCUGCAUACCGUUACCAUGCCAACUGAUGAGGAGAGUAUCAACAACUUCCUUGGAAUGAGUCCUGAUCUAGACGAAGGAGCAAGGAUAACUAUUCUUAAAGAACAUCGCAAGGUGUUUACCAAUGCUUGGCUGGCUUUCCUGAGGUUUCCCCUCCCUACCUCUGUCUACAAACAGAUACUUGUGAAUAUGCAUGAGUCUGUGAUGCCCCAUAUGACCACGCCCCUUCUACUAACUGACUUCCUCACAGCUUCGUAUGAUAUAGGUGGUGCGAUUAGUUUGCUUGCUUUAAAUGGAAUAUUCAUCCUCAUCAAUCAAUAUAACUUGGAAUAUCCAGAAUUCUAUUCUAAGCUGUAUGCCAUGUUUGAGCCUUCGAUCUUCCAUGUGAAGUAUAAAGCCAGGUUCUUCCAUCUUGCCGACCUGUUCCUAUCAUCAACGCACUUACCGUCAUAUGUUGUUGCGGCAUUUGCCAAGCGGUUAUCAAGGAUAUCAUUGACAGCGCCCCCACAUGCCCUCAUGAUGCUCAUUCCAUUCGUUUGUAAUCUUCUCAUGAGGCAUCCCAACUGUAAGGUGUUGGUUCAUAGACCACAUGGACCAAGGGAGCUGUCCGAUGACCCCUACAAGAUGGAUGAGCCCAAUCCAGCCCAGUGUAACGCCCUUGAGAGUUCUCUAUGGGAGAUCCAGACACUGAAAUCUCACUAUGACCCCGGUGUGUCAAGGUGUGCAGCAAACAUCGAGAAACCCUUUCCCAAGAUGGAGUGGGACCUGGAUGAGUACUUGGAACUCACCAUACCAGAGAUGGUCGCUAAGGAAACCAAGAAGAAGAUGAAGACCAUGCCUCUUGAGUUUGAACCCGCUAAAGGUCUGUUAGGGGGAGGACAGGACAUGUUUGAUGCACAGUUCUGGGAGGUUUGAUCCUAUUUGAUCUUACUGAAGGUCUUCUAGGUGGAGGAAAGGUCAUGUUUGGUGGAAGGUUCUGAUCCAGUUUGAACCUGCUAAAUGUCUGCUAAGUGGAGGAGGACGUGUUUGAUGCAACAUUGUGGGAGGUUUGAUCUACUUUAAACCUCUUAAAAGGGUCUGCAAUGUGGAGGACAGGACAUGCUUUAUGCAAGGUUCUGGGCGGUUUGAUCCAGUUUGAUCCUACUGAAGAUGUGCUAGAUGGAGGACAGGAUAUAUAUGAUGCAAGAUUCUGGGCAGUUUGAUCCAGUUCCAACCUGCUAAAGGUUUGCUAGGUGGAGGACAGGACAUGUUAGAUGCAAGGUUCUGGAAGGUAUGAUCUGUAGAUCUGGAAGAUCAUCUGGGUACUCUCAUUUGAAGCAAAAACCAGUUAGUGAAGGCUUUCUUGUAUUAUCAAACUUUAUUCUUGACUGAAUGAUUCACCAUCACAAAGUGGAUAGGCCUUCCAGAAAGUAAAAAGCCGUUCUGAUGAAUCGGUGAUAAGCAUCUGAGCAAGCAUUUGUGUUCAAUCUUCUUUUUAGCACUCAAUGGUGGUUUACCCAUUAAAUUUAAUACAGCCUGCUCCCAUAUAGUGGUCCUAAGGCCCUAUCCAAGUAAUCUUACUAAUAGGGUGACUUAACAUUAAUGGUAUUACCUUGGUAGCGAGGCUCAUCACCCAAUUAAGAUGAACAUGGUAUGAUAGAGAUAACAACUAGCUUCAUUCUCUUUUUUUAUGUCUCCUUUAAUAAGGGCAGAGUCAAAUCGUUUAAAUGCUAUUAAAACGAUCAUUAAAAGCAUAAACGUGAUGGGGGAAAAAGCCUUCCCCAAAAGUUGCUGAAAUUUCACACCUUUAUAUUCAUGAAAUGGCCAUCAAAUUUCUAUAUUUCCUUGAUAUUUUUUAGAUUUAGUUGGAAACUACCAAUCUUUCAGAGUCAAGAAAGACCUGAAUAUUCUUCAUUUUCUUAAUAGCUUCGACGCAAUCUCAACACAAUUUCAAGAAAAUAUGGAAAUAGAUGGGCCAUUUCGUGGAUUUAAAGAUGCAAACUAUCACAUUUUUAAUAGUGUGAAGGGUUUUUUUUUCACCCCCCGUUGGUUAACUGUAAAUGCCUGUUUAUUAAUAGCAUUUAAAUAUUUUUCAAAAUAAAUGUAAUAAUUCAGGCCUACUUGAAACGUUAUGCCCCCACCUCAAACUAUCCACCAUCAUGCAAUAUGAAAAUCCCCAAAGAUAUGCAUCUGAUCAUUGUUAUAAAACAUACACAUUCAUCUCUGUUUAUUACAUUGGGUUUUUAUGUGUAAACGUUACUUUAAAAACACUGUUAAAAGAAAAUGUAAACUAGUGUUUUGUGCAGAUCCAAUCAUGUAUCAUUGAAUUGCUACGAUGAAUUCAAACAAUUGUAUGGGAGAAUUAAGGAAAUACUUUCCCAUUCACCUGCUUUUGAUACUUACAUGUUGACUGUUAAUAAUAUUCAUACUCUUGAAAAUUAGAUUAGAUUUUGAUUACUUUUUAGAAUUCUGCAUAUUAAAGCUUUCUAUUUACUGUAUUUUUUCUCAUUACUUGAUCUAAUUUCAAUUAAAAUCUACUGAGAACAAUUUGAAGAAAACACAAGUGACACAGUUCAUGUAAACCCAAGGUAAAUUAUUUAUUGAAAUAACAUCUUUCUGAUGCUUCAUGAAAAAUAUCAGCAUAUAAAUUUCAAUGUAUUUUCUCAUAAAUUCCGCAUAUAAUUGUUUUUCUGAGUGUUUGUUUGAGUAUAUAAGGUACCAGAAACAUUAUGCAUUUUAAUAUCAGUUUUCGUAAUUGUACAUCAUUUGAAUGGAAGCAUUAUUCCUCCCUCUCACGUCCCUAGUCAAAGCAAUUCUUGACUACAUGUGUAUUUAUAUACAAAUAUAUAGAAAUAAAAAGAAGAUUAUUUGCAUAGCUCUA